AUGCAGAUCUAUGAGAGGGUGAAGAAUGACUUCAAGACUGAUGUUACCUGGAACCGGGUUAUCCGUUAUGGUAUUCAGGGCUUGCGUGCCACGCCAGAAGCAGCAGGAAGAUAUGUCGUGGAGAAGGCCCCCAUUAUUGGAUGGCUGCCUCGAUACAAUUAUCGGUGGCUGCUGACCGAUUUUGUGGCUGGCCUGACCCUGUCGCUCAUGUUGAUUCCCCAAGGUCUUGCCUACGCCAAAAUCGCCAAAAUCCCUGUGCAAUACGGUCUCAUGUCGUGUUGGGCGCCUGCGGUUAUCUACGCCAUUAUGGGCACAUCAAAAGAUGUCUCCACUGGACCGACUUCGUUGAUCGGUUUGAUGACCGCACAAGUCGUGGACGAUCUUAAAGAGGAAGGAUAUGCCCCAGAGGCAAUAUCAUCUGCGGUUGCACUCUCCAUGGGCGUCUACAUGGCCGGCCUUGGUGUCUUGAAGUUGGGUUUUCUCCUCGACUUCAUUUCGUACCCAGUGCUCACAGGCUUCAUCUCCGCUGUUGCAAUUACCAUUGGUCUCGGUCAAGUCGCCAAUCUCAUUGGCGAGGGCAAUGUUGGCAGUGGUACCGCUAACCAGAUCCAUGAUAUUUUGACCAAUUUCGGUACCUGCAACGGUCGUGCUGCAGGUGUCGGAUUUGCUGGCAUUGUUCUUCUGGUCGCCUUACAAAAGGCUGGUGAGAGAUGGGGAAGCAAGAACAAGAUCAUCUGGUUCUUGUCCAUCACUCGGGCUUUCAUCGCUCUUCUUUUGUUCACCGGCAUCAGCUACGCCGUCAACAAAGGUCGGGAUAGUGACGAAUACCUAUUCGAUGUCAGCAAGGUCCCGUCUCUCAGCAUACAUACUCCCAAGGCCGUGGACUCGGCUCUCUUUGGAAAAGUUGUUAGUCGCAGCAUCGCGGCUUUUCUGGGUGCCUCCAUUGAGCAUCUUGGAAUUUCUCGGGCCUUCGGGCUGAGAAACAACUAUGUCAUAGAUCCCAGUCAAGAGCUUUGCUACCUGGGGGUGACGAACAUCUUCAACAGCUUCUUCACAGUCAUGGGUGUUGGUGGCGCCAUGUCCCGAACGGCCGUCAACUCCCAAUGCAAUGUCAAAUCCCCUCUUUCUGGCCUGGUCACCACCGGUGUCAUUGUUCUCUCCAUCUACAAGAUGACUGGAGCUUUGUAUUGGAUCCCGAAAGCCACACUUGCUGCCAUCGUCAUCACGGCUAUCUGGCCACUCAUCGGCAAACCAAGCACUUACUACCAUUUCUGGAAAACCUCAUUUGCGGACUUUGUCGCUGCAAUGGUUGCAUUUUGGGUUUCACUGUUCACCUCCACCGAAAUUGGAAUCGCCAGCGCCGUGGGAUUCAAUGUCGUAUAUGUCUUGCUCCGCCAAGUCUUCAAGCAAGUUCAGACGGUUGGAGCAGACUCACGUUCGGAACUUGCGGCGUCAUUGGAUGCUGCACGCGGAAUGCCACCCCACAUUCCUCCGGACACCCGCGUCUUCCGCUUCGAAGAAUCCUUCUUUUUCCCCAACAUCCAGAGGGUCAAGACCAAUAUUUUGGACGUCAUCCAAACAUACCAUGCUCCCGAAUAUAACCACCGCAACGGCGAGGAGGCUGAGCGGAACUGGUCCGUUGAGGCAGAGAAACGUAUCGCCCGGUUGCGCAGGAAGGCCAAGACCCAGGGAGCCAGCUUACCGCCGAUCAAUGUCGUAGUACUUGACUUUUCAAAGGUCAAUUACUUCGACACCAGCGGUGUCGUGGGCCUGAAGAACUUCUUUGCAGAGCUGAGACACUACGCCGGUGAUGGCACCGAAGUGCGGUUCGUUGCCCUCAGUGACAUGACCAGACAGCGCUUUGAGCGAGCAGGAUGGACCUUGUUGGAUGGGGACGACUCAAUGGACACCUCGAAAGUGACCUGUGUCAGGGUGUUCCGCACCGUCAAGGACGCUGUGGUCGCUUCCAGAAAAGACCAUGAAAUCUGCGAGGUCGUCGUAAAGACGGAGAGCAGCAGCGAGGAGAACACAACUAUCACUCAUCGUGAGAAGAUGUAA